AUGGCAGAUAAAAAACCCAAACUGUCGGACAACCUGUUAGGACUAAAGUUUAUGCAACGCCAGAUGCUAGUUAAGGAAGGAAAUGGAAAAGUUAAUUCAAUAACAACCGACGAUUCACAGUGGAUAGCCCUUUACGACGAUGCAAAAAUUGGGAAGCCGAAGUUCAACGUGAAAUACAUUCCGAGUUAUUUGUCCUUCAUGGACUCAGAAAUCAAAGGACGAUUGACUUUUGGGAAUCGCAGUACGAAGGAUGAAAAGGAUGAGGAACUCGGGCAUACGGUAACAGCAGACGAUUCAUCCGAAAACUUUCAGAGCGACAGGAGCAGGCAUGAACAGUCACAAGAGACAUCUACUAAACAUGAGAAAUCGAAAGGUAAACGUGAACGAACCCAAGAAAUAGAGGGAUCCGUUAGUCUGCGAAAAUUUCCUAAAAUCAAUGACUCUGGAUUUAUGAAGCCUCCAGAGUGA